AGAGAUGGGAAAUGAUGCCUACAAGAAGAAAGAUUUUGACGUGGCCUUGAAGCAUUAUGACAGGGCCAAGGAACUGGACCCUACCAAUAUGACUUACAUAACUAAUCAAGCAGCUGUACACUUCGAGAAAGGGGACUACAACAAAUGCCGGGAGCUGUGUGAGAAGGCUAUUGAAGUGGGCAGAGAGAACCGAGAGGACUACCGACAGAUUGCCAAAGCUUAUGCCCGAAUCGGCAAUUCCUACUUCAAAGAAGAAAAGUACAAGGAUGCUAUCCAUUUCUACAAUAAGUCUCUGGCAGAGCACCGAACCCCAGACGUGCUCAAGAAGUGCCAGCAGGNNGAGAAAAUCCUGAAGGAGCAGGAGCGGCUGGCCUACAUCAACCCUGACUUGGCUUUGGAGGAGAAGAACAAGGGCAAUGAAUGCUUCCAGAAAGGGGACUACCCCCAGGCCAUGAAGCACUAUACAGAAGCCAUUAAACGGAACCCAAGAGAUGCCAAACUGUACAGUAACCGAGCUGCCU